AUGAAGAUGACAUGGCUUAUGGAGGGCUGUGUCAAUGGUCAUGCGUUCACCAUCGAAGGAGAAGGCACCGGCAAACCUUACGAGUACGUUUAUGUGAAAUAACGAUCAACCUGUAAAUUGUCCUUUUGCGUGGAUGCAUUGCUGGUCUAACCAAAGCAAAUUUGGUUAUUUCAGUUAUGUUUCCUUUGGCUGUUUGUGUCAUCUACGUAUGGCUGUCUUGGAAAAAGGGGUUUAUAAAUCUAAGCUUUAUAUAGUAACUCGUCCAGAAGUCAUUGUGCACAAGUCACUUAUGUGAUGAAAACGCACCAAAAUAGUCAUAUGCUAGUGAUUUCGUUAAUGAAAGACCACAAUAUCGAAAAUCCUCUCUAUCUGAAUAUUUCAGAGGCAAACAAACGGGGACAUUCCGUGUUACAAAGGGCGGACCCCUUCCAUUUGCCGUAGACAUAGUGGCACCGACUUUGAAGUAUGGAUUCAAAUGUUUCAUGAAGUAUCCUGCUGAUAUUCCUGACUAUUUCAAGCAAGCAUUUCCCGAAGGUCUGACAUACGACAGGAAAUUAACAUUUGAAGAUGGAGGGAGUGCCACGGCCACCGUGGAAAUGAGGUGAGUAAUUACUUACUAUUUAACUGUUAAUCAGCUUUUUUAACUUGCAGAUUGAACAAAGAUCUUUGAGUUACAUCUGUGAAUGAUUGAAAACAAAAAUCAUUUAAAUUUUCUUGCAUAAUCUGCAACACUACACAAAGAUUUGGGCUCGAUGUGAAAAAGUGAAAAUUCACGACGGAUUUCCAUGAUGAAUAUCAUCAUGGAAGCCUCAAAAGUGCAGUAAUACAGCGACAACCGCUUGCUUUUCAAAAAUGAUUAGGCAAAAUUAAAAAUUGACCUAAUUUUUUUACAUUCGUCACUUUCUUCCUUUCAGGCUAAUUUUUCUUUUAACAUAGAAAUCUAACCUGUCGACUUAGAGGUUUUUUUUCCAUUAAAAUCUUUUUACCUCGUAAGGUGGACUCAAAAUGUAUGUUUUAUUCAUUUUGCGUUCUGAAAUGCUUUCUACUUUGACAGCCUCAAAGGCAACACUCUUGUGCACAAGACCAAUUUCCAAGGAGGCAACUUUCCCAUCGACGGGCCUGUCAUGCAAAAGAAGACGCUUGGCUGGGAACCAACCUCGGAGAAAAUGACUCCUUGUAAUGGAACAAUCAAGGGAGACACUAUCAUGUACCUUUUGGUCGAAGGAGGGAAAAUGCUGAAAUGUCGAUAUGAAAACAAUUACAGGUAAUUACGUUGGUUUCGACUGCUAUGUACAGACAUGUAUCUGACUUGAUCUUAACGGGUUUCUCUCCCGAGUUCCCAAAAAGUCACCAACUGUUAUGUAACUUUGCAGUAUAAAUUCAGUCCAUUGUUAUGAAAUUACGUAAUAAGAAGCGGCGAACAUAACUUAUAUAUUCAGAAGUAGUGCACCCGACAGUUUAGAGUCACCUCCGAGGUUUGCACGUUUCUUCAUUAUUCAAAUUCGCUUAAAUUUCCGAAUUUUGUGAUCAUAACUCUUCAACCGCAUCGGAUUACAAAACUGCAAAGCUGGAUAAAGGUCUAUUUGUAGACAUUUCUCUGAAAUUAUUCUGAUCGCUAACGAUCAUAAUUACAACUCGAACGCAAUGUUCGCAAACUGCCUUCAUCUUUGUGGUUACCAGGGCGUCGAAGUAGAUGACUCAAUAUCUAUAAUUCCUAUUUCAGCGAGAAAUCAUGGGUCAUUCUUGAUUUUUUUUCCUCCAGGGCCAAGAAGGUGAUACACGAGAUGCCACCGAGCCAUUUUGUGGAUCUCCGCCUUGUGAAAACCAACCUUGAUAAGGAAGGUUUGAAGUUUCAACUGGAAGAACAUGCAGUGGCAAGAAUCCUCGAGGUUUGAGGAUUACUGGGGAGUCACUAUCAUUGUGAGUCUCGACAUUGUUUGUACAACAACAUGAGAU